AUGGCGUACUUUGAUACGAACGCCGUCUUGCUCGGGACCUCCUUUUCGGGGACGGGCUCUGCCGUGUCCGAGUUGUCGGAAACGGGGACUCGGUUGUCGGCCUUGACGGCCGCGCUGGUGGGCGGCUCCGACGCAGGCUUCUUGGGCGGCUCCCUGACGGCGAGGCAGGCGAACGCCAGUAGGGGCAUCAUGGUGAAGGCGACGGCACGAAUGGUCCAACCGAAACCCAGGGCCGAAUUGUUGAGUAGGCGCUGCAGCAUAAUGGGCCACACGAUGCCGCCGAUGGAGGAGCCGCCAAUGGUUAGGCCCAUGGCCAGGCCCCGGCGGUGCGGCAUGUGGCGCAGCACCACUCCUAGCGGCGGGCAAAAGACUAGCGACGCGCUGGCACCCAGGAGCAGGGCCUGGGCCAGCAUGAGCUGCCAGUACUGCGUGCACAGCGAGGUCAUAAACAGGGCCAGCAGCAGACCCGCGCUGCCCGCGCACAGGGGUAGCGUGGGCCCGACCCGGUCGACAAGCAGGCCGCCAAAGGGCGAGAUGGAGUAG